AGCUUUUUAACAACCCUUGUGACGUCACUAAAGCGAAGCGCGCUCGUCAACGCCGCGUGCACGAGCAGAAGCGCCCUCCGCAGUCAGAGGGACCAGGAAGUGAAAGUAUACACAUGGAGGGUGUGUCAGUCCUUGUCUCGGUAUGUUUUAUGUUAAAUAACAUAGUCCUACUUGGAUAAAUUCAUGGGCGACUCGGCGAGGACCAAGCGGCGGGAGCAGCUGAAGCGCUGGGCCGGUUCCUGCACCGACAAAGCGUCGGCCUCGCCCAGGCGGAGAUGGCGAGGCGAUGCCGAGGAAAGAGGAACCAAGGAGCGGGAGGCCGAAAACCAAGACCCGCCGAGGGAGCAACCUCGUUUUAGAGAAGAUGAAAGCAGUCCACUUCUUAAGAGACGGAAAAGGGUGAGGUUCGACAGGGCUGCGGAGUUCCUGGCUGCAUGUGCGAGUGGUGAUACGGAGGAGGCCCGAGUGAUGCUGAAGGAGGCCAAAGACAUGACAAGCAGGAACGAGGAGGAUGCGCUGGAAAUUAUUAACUGCUCUAAUGCAGACGGAAUAACUGCAUUGCAUCAAGCCUGCAUAGAUGGGAGCAUGGAGAUGGUGUCCUUCCUUUUGGAGUACGGUGCCAACGUGAACCAAGUUGACAGCGAGGGGUGGACACCACUGCAUGUUGCUGCCUCCUGCGGCUACCGGGACAUCGCAGAUUUCCUAUUGCGGAACGGUGCUUCUCUCUCUGCUGUCAACUGUGAUGGCGAUGUUCCUGUGGACAUUGCUCUGGAUGAAACCACCGAGGCGCUUCUCCAGGAAUACACUUUAAGACAAGGUGUGGACUUGGAGGCAGUAAAACGGUUAGAGGAGGAACAGAUCACAUCAGAUGCUCGGACUUGGCUGAUUGAGGGACCACCUACUGAUGUAAGACACCCCAGGACUGGAGCCACUCCUCUACAUGUAGCUGCAGCUAAAGGCUACUUGGAAGCUCUCAAGUUACUGUGCCAGUGUGGACUGGAUGUUUCUGCUAUGGACUUUGAUGGGUGGACUCCUCUUCAUGCCGCUGCACACUGGGGUCAGGGGGAAGCCUGUCACAUUCUAACCGAACAGAUGUGCAAUAUGGAGGCCCGCAGCAACGCGGGCCAGACUCCAUUGGAUGUUGCAGAUGAAAGUGUGGAGGAGCUUCUGGAGGAUUUAGCUCAGAAACAAGCCAAUUGGCGCAACGAGCAGUCCAUACGAGACAGACAAAACCAACAAGGUGCUACCACUGCGAGCACACAAAAUAAACGAAGGAGGAGCUCAGUGUGUCGGAUGAGCAGUAGAGACAAGAUGAACCUGCAAGACCAGUCCAAAGAGAGGGGCAUCUCAGGAGGCCUGGAGCUGAGCGAGGACAAGGAGAGCAGCCCGGAGAGUUCCACAGUAUCCAGUCCAGACACGGAAAGUGGAACCACAUCUGCUGCUAGUCCAGCUGAAAAGACUUCAGAGGAGAAAGAGGAUGAGGAACAGGACAAGGUGAUCCGCACUGCUCGAGUCCAGCCCACCCCUCAUACAAGAGAUGUUACAUCUGAGAGUUCCAACACACCCACAGCAGAGCGACGCAAAUUUCAGGCUCCAGUCAGAGACGAGGAGUCAGAAUCUCAGAGGAAAGCUCGCUCCCGACUUUUGCGCCAGUCUCGCCGCUCUACUCAGGGUGUAACCUUAACAGACCUGAAAGAAGCAGAGAGGACAGUGUCUAAAGCCGCCGAUCCUUUGCCUCGUAACAUUCAUCCUGUCAGCCCCAUCAUUACUCUCACGCCUGCUGAGAAGGAUACAGAGCCAGAGGGAGACAAGCGUCUUGGAGUCAAGGACCGGAGGCGCGCGAGGAAGGAGAGGCGCUCUACUGGCGUCAUUCAGCCGGGUGUAGAGAAUGAAGAAGACGACACUCAUUUUGAUGAUCACAACAGCAACUCUGAACUCAAUUCCAGUGGAUUAGGAGACGGUGAUUACAGGAUGCUCUACUUUCAGGUCCUACAGCAGAACUUGGCACUGAAGGACAAACUGCAGGAGAUGGAACUGCUGCUCAGUCAAAAUAAAGUGGAGAUGGAGAAACUCCGACAGAAUAAUGAGAGCAGCACAGAAAGACCUGCCUUGUUGGAGCUGGAGAGAUUUGAGAAGUUGGCCCUCCACAGGAAAGCAGUGGAACUGGAAGACGAGCUGAAGGUUCUGGGAGACCUGAAAGCAGACAACCAGAGGCUGAAGGAUGAAAACGCUGCCCUCAUUCGAGUCAUCAGCAAACUGUCCCGAUGAACACUAAAAAAAAAAGGGCAUAAAAGGGUAACAAUUGAACAGACUUUCAGGACUGUUGCAGAUUUACUGUAAGCUAAAAUGCACCUUUUUGUGGACUCCUCAAUUCCACUUUUAUAUUCACUUUUAUUCUUAUUUUUUUAAACUGGAAUAUUUUAAGGCAUUCUCGUUCCUUGUUUUGUACAAAAUGUGUGCUAUGAAACUAAAAGCCAUGCAAAGUUUGGAUGUCAGAAAGGGUGAAGAAAUAAAAAAGUGCAGUUUGUGACCAGCAAAAGAAGAAAUGUGCCAAAUUGAAUGCAUGGUACAGUGUUGGCCAGUGUUGUCUGAAGACGCGUGUACAUCAUGUUCAGUAAACGUAUGCAACAUCUUACAUAUGUAACAUGUUCAUUAAAAAUGAUGUAACAUGUUCAUUAAUGCAGUACUUCUCAAAUAGUGUGGCAGGGCCCCCUGGGGAGGCGCGUUUGUCCCCGGGAAACAUGUUUUAUCAGUACCAUGGUUCAAACCUGGCUUCAUAAAGCUGUGCACUACAAAACAUGCUCAGUGUAGCCAAUAAACUUGACUUCCUCAUGUUGAUUUAUAUAUCUUUUUUUUAAACAGCACAAAUUGUUGCAUUAGUUUUUGUUUUGUAUGGUAAAGUGUUUUAUAUAAUGAGUUAAUGUUGCUGAUCAAUUUUAUUGACGUUCUUUUGGGGACUCUGUGAAUUUUUUUUUUUAGUUUAAUAAGGAUUUAAUUUAAAAAAAAUCUUAAAUCUUUUUGAUGCACAUUAAAUCUAGACUGUUACAGACUAAAGGUUGUUUAUUUAUUGUAAAUUGACUUAUUUCUUUCAUUGUUUUUUGUUUUCUUUAAUGUUAAGGAUACAAUGUUAUCUAGUGGUGUACUUAACAAUUUUAUAGACAAAUGGUACUAUUUUUAGUUGUGACAGACAAUGGGGAGGCGCAAAAUGUUUUCUUCUUCCUAGUUUGAGAUAAAGACAUUGCAUUCCUUCUAUAAAUCAGCAUGUAAGCAUUUGUUGAGCUUGCACAGAAAAUAAUUGAGAAGCACUGCAUUAAUGUAACAUGUUCAUUAAUGUAACAUGUUCAUUAACGUGUGUAACAUGUUCAUAAAUGCAACAUGUUAACGCAUGUGACAUGUUCAUUAAUGUUCUUACAAAUGACAUGUUCAUUAUUGUAACAUGUUCAUUAACAUGACAUGUUCAUUAAAUGUAACAUGUUCAUUAACAUAACAUUCAUUAACGCACGUAACAUGUUAAUUAACAUAGGUGACCCGAGAGCGACAAGCGGUAGAAAAUAGGUGGAUGGAAAUGUUCAUUAAUGAACAUGUUUUUUAACAUACUAUGUGACAUGUUCUUUAACGAAUGUGACAUGUUCAAUGAAAAAUGUUUCUUUUAGCGAAUGUA